AUGGACAUCAGAUUCAUGGGGAUUGACGCGCCGCUCCUCCACGCCCUCCACAACAUCCUCGACCCGGACGACGGCGACGCCGCCAAAUCCGGCGGUGCCCCGACACAGACCUACGUCCGGGACGCCCGGGCCAUGGCCGCCACCCCUGCCGACGUCAAGGAGUACCCUGGCGCCUACGUCUUCGAGGUCGACAUGCCCGGCCUCAAGUCCGGCGACAUCAAAGUUCAGGUGGAGGAUGACAACGUUCUCAUCAUCUCCGGCGAGCGCAAGCGGGAGGAGGAGAAGGAAGGGGUCAAGUACCUGCGGAUGGAGCGGAGGGUUGGGAAAUUCAUGAGGAAAUUCACCUUGCCGGAGAAUGCGAACACGGACAAGAUCUCCGCCGUCUGCCAGGACGGUGUGCUGACGGUGACGGUGGAGAAGCGGCCGCCGCCAGAGCCCAAGAAGCCUAGGACCAUUGAAGUUAAGAUUGCUUGA